UUAUUUUAAAGUGUAGUGUCUUGUUUAUGCCGCCUGCCCACCGGAAGCUCUGCGACCCGUGUCGCUGCAGCGUUGCGCUUUCCUGUUUACGAGCGGGAAGAGCGAACGGAGCAUCACCGUGUACACUUUUAGGGGUUUAUUAUCGCCUGCACAUUUGUUUUUAGCUGUCUUCGAGAGCGGCAGUCUACACGUUUUAAUGAGCCACUUGGCACUAUCAGGAGUUUAGAUACGUUGUAGGCGGAGCGCUGGUGAAAACAAGAGGUGUUUUUGGAGCGGAGUGGGACAGAUGGAGGAUCCUCCAGCAGAUCCUAGCGGCGGCGACGGCUGUGGUGCAGCGGAGGGCCCCACGGUGCAGGUGGCUGACAUGCGCUGGCCAACCGGAGCUCUUCCGCUCCGGCUCCUGGAGUGGAAGGUCAAGCCAGGGUCUCUCGUGAACGUGGACUCGGUUCUUGCCUUAUGUGCUCUCAUAGCUCAGAAUAAGGAGACGGAGGCUGCUGCUAGGCUGCCAGAGAAGAAGGUGAAAUCGGACCGUGCUGGAGUGGUGAAGGAGCUCUGCUGUCAGCCAGGACAAAUAAUUCCUCCCGGGGGCGUCAUCGUCAGAAUCGAAGAGUGCAGCCAUCCAAUAGUGAUGAAGGGUCUGUGCGCCGAAUGCGGCCAGGAUCUGACUCAGCUGCAGGGGACUAAUGGGAACCAGCAAAGUCCCAUCUCCAAAGCAACAGUCUCCAUGGUGCACAGUGUCCCUGAACUGAUGGUCAGCUCGGAGCAAGCCAAACAGCUGGCCCAAGAAGACCAGCAGAGGCUGCACCGUAACAAAAAGCUGGUCCUCAUGGUGGACCUGGACCAGACGCUGAUCCACACCACUGAGCAGCACUGCCAGCGCAUGUCCAACAAGGGGAUCUUCCACUUCCAGCUGGGUCGGGGGGAGCCCAUGCUCCACACGCGGUUACGGCCGCACUGCAAGGAAUUCCUGGAGAAAAUCGCCAAACUCUACGAGCUGCACGUCUUCACAUUCGGGAGCCGUCUAUAUGCACACACCAUUGCUGGCUUCUUGGAUCCCGAAAAGAAACUUUUCUCCCACAGAAUCCUUUCUAGAGACGAAUGCAUAGAUCCGUUCUCCAAGACGGGGAAUCUUAGGAACCUGUUCCCCUGCGGCGACUCCAUGGUCUGCAUCAUCGACGACCGUGAAGACGUCUGGAAGUUUGCACCGAACCUCAUCACUGUGAAGAAGUACAUCUACUUCCAGGGCAUCGGAGACAUCAACGCUCCGCCAGGAUCACGGGAAGCUCAGAUGGCCAAAAAAGCUGGAGGCCCUUCGAGUCGGCCGACAGAGAGCACAGAACAAGUGGAAGCGACUGGUGCUGAUGAGCAAAAUAAUGGCCUCAGGAAACGGUCAAAGGAGCCAGGCGUUUCAGGAAAGGAAGAACUUUCAUUACCUCGGUCUUCUCAGGAAGGAGCUGUCGUUGAAAGGACACAGGGGGGUGAGGAGGAGGAGCAGGAAGAGGCAGGACGGAGUCGAGGGUCAGACGCUGGUCAAAAGGUUACAGAGUCUGGGCAGAAACCAAAGGACACUCAGGUGGAGGAUAAUAAAGAUGUUAAAGAGGAUGGUGGCAACAGGACAGAAGAGGCACAGGGAGGUGCCAACUCCUCAGCACCGAGCCACGACUCCAAUAACUUGGAUUUUGACCUUUCUAGUGACAGCGACAGUGAAUCGGGUACAGGAAAGCCCGCCUCGCCAGACGGCGGAAGUCAAAGUAGGACUCGCGCAACAAAGGAGUCUGAACAGGAAGGAGAUGGACACGAGCCCUUUGAUGAGGACGUGACGAAGGACGGGGACAGCAAAGGUUCUUGCGAAGUCGAGAACAGCUCGGACUCGGCAGAACACCCGGGCGUCGUCCUGCCCGACCCCGAGCUGGGGAACGGCUGCUUAGAGAGGAGAGAACCGGAAACCGAGUCCCAGAACAGCGAACAGUCCGGAGUCACGAUGGGAGAGGAACUGCUGGAUCAGAGCAUGGAAGACGAGGAGGAAGAGGAAGAGACUGACAACGACCAGGACGAUCACCUCAUCUACCUGGAGGAGGUGCUGGAACGGAUCCACGCAGAGUACUUUGCCCGUUACGAGACCUACCUGAGGAAGGAGGCAUCGGAGACGCCAGACAUCCGCAGGAUCGUUCCAGAGUUGAAGAGUAAGACUCUGGAGGGCACGACGGUCGUGUUCAGCGGACUCUACCCCACUAACUACCCCAUGGAGAGGACAAGGGAGUUCUACCACGCCAAAGCCCUGGGGGCCAAAAUCGGCAAGAGUCUGAUCCUCAACUCGCAGGACCCCAACCGGACGACACACCUAGUUGCAGCGAGAGCAGGAACCGAGAAGGUACGGCAGGCGCAGGGCUGCAAGCACCUCCAUGUGGUCAACCCCGACUGGCUGUGGAGCUGCCUGGAGCGCUGGGAGCGGGUGGAGGAGCAGUUGUACCCUCUGAAGGAGGACUACUCCAGGACCCCACGGAGCAACAGCCCAGCCGCCUUUCUUGACAAUCAGGGCUGCCUGCAGAAGGCCGUCUUCCAACCAGCUCCCGUCCACCCCAGACCCCAAGGGGUUUUUUCAGAGGCUCGGACCUAUGACUCGGUCACAGGGAAGCUAAUCCGCAGGGGCCCUCAGGCAGGGCGUCCGUCAGCCUACCUCCAAGUGUCGGGACCCCUCUCCGACCGCAUGGAUCAGUCUGGUCUCAGGGGAGCCGCACAGGGUCAGCAGAACGAGGCGGCCGGGUCCAGCCAGGACGACGAGCAGCCGGGGCCUUCCCGCCGGGAGCGGCAGCCGAGCAUGUCGGAAACGAUGCCGCUGUACACGCUCUGCAAGGAGGACCUGGACAGCAUGGACAGAGAGGUGGACGACAUUUUAGGAGAGGAGAGCGACAACGAGAGCGAGGGGCGAGGGAAGGAGAAGCCGGGCAACGAGGAUAUUGCCGAGGAAGAGGAGGAGGAGCAACAGCAGCAGCAGCCAGAAGCUGGAGAGUCGACAUCAGGGCCCCCCUGUAAGCCAGACGGAGUGGAGGAAAGACUUCAGACCACACCUCCCAGUGACUCCAGUUUGUCAGAGAUUGCCCCAAGGUGUCAGAAACGGAAGCACGAUGACGCCGGAGAGGAUGAGGAGGGUGCUGACGUGGAGAGCAAGCAGGCAAGGCGGGACUCCGCCGACGAGUCGUCUAAAGACUCCAACGAGGAAGAGGAGGGCAGCAGCUCGGAGGCAGACGAGAUGGUCGCCGCCCUGGAGGCGGAGCUAAACGACUUUAUGUGAGAGGGGGGGGAAAACUGACUGAAAGCCAGUCCUUACCGACGUCACACACGGUACCCACACAUCGCUCUCCCACUCCCUCCCGUAAUCCGGAGUCGCCGUGGUUACGACGUGGGGAGCGAUGAAUGUGUGUCGUAAUAAAAACCUGAAUGUCCUGUACAGAACCAGCGCCUUUCUGCGGAAAUGAAGGCUUGGACUUUUGUAGCACUGCUAUACAUAAAUAUAUAUAUAUGAAUAUAAAUAGAUAUAAAUAUAAAUCGCCUUUUGGUGGCAUAAAUCCUUUGACGUUAACAUUUUAUUGCGAGGUAAGCUCUAGGACUUAUGAAAUUUGAUACUUCUGUUGUUUUUCUAUUUGGAUUUUUAUAUUGUUGAAAAGAUGAAUAAAAAAAAAAAACAUAAGUGUAUAUUUUACUGAUGGUUCUUGCCAAAGAGUUUUGAAAUAGGUUUGCCAAGUUGUGCAGCUAAAAAAAAAAAAAAAAAAAAAAUUAAUCUCAACUUCCACUUUCUAAGAUUUUUUUUAAAUUAUUGUUAUAAUUAUUCUUUGAUCGCAGCAGGUUGUUAGGGUCAAUUAGUUUAUCCAGACAUUUGAAUGUGUUUCUUCCAUUAGUUUUUUUGUUAUUUGUAUAUUUUGUAAACAUUUUGUGUGCUAACAGAAGAUCUUUUGUUAAUGACGAAUAAAAGAUAACAUCCCAGUAACAGGAAGCGGAUCUGACUCUGCCAAUGAUGACUUCCUGUUGGCGGGAAUCAGAACACAGGAAAGGAAACGGAUUUUAUGGGGGCAGACAUUUUGAGUUCAACUGAAAAUAAAGGGAUUAUAAGAUUGUCCAAAACCGCUAUCUGAUUCGAACUAAUGGGAAAGUCGCUCGUGUUAGUUGUUGAAUUUUGUUUCGCCUGUGCUGCGGUUUACACAUUGCUGAACGAUUCUUUAGAUCAUUGCAACUUCAAACAAAACAUUUUACCAACCAACCCACCAAUUUCUCUUAUAAUCUGGAACUGAUCGGGGAACUAUGAUGAGUAAAAGCAAGGCACAGACAUUUUUCACAAGCAAUUCCUUUGUUUUUAGCUACAAAUGCACAAUUUCUGGACAAUACCAAUCUCCAUUUUGAUGGGGUUUUUGUUUUUGUUUGUUUUUUUUGCUCAGAACGCCAUCAUACAGAAGAUAAAAAUGUAUCACAUCAAAUUGAUGAAAACAUUUCUGGAUUAACUGGGUAAAUUUUUCUAAUGAAAUAAAAAAAAGUAGGAAAGUAUGUGUUGGUUGAUGCAUUUAUAAAUCAAAACUGGUGGGAAUCUUAAGUUUUGAUGAGUGCAGGAAAAAAAAAGAUUUUCAGAGUGUGUCCCACAUCUCAAUCAGAGCUGAUCAGAAGGAAUAUUGGCUGAUUUCAAUCUGCCUGACUGACUGACUGGUGAGUCUUUAGGCAAAAUCUCUUUCAUUUUUAUGGUUUGUGUUUUAAAUUUGCAGUUUUCAUCUAAAGAGUCAAACUGUCUUUUGCCAGUUCUGUGCCCUUCAGAUUUCAGAGCAGCUUAAUAUUUUAUAUCUCACUAUUCUAUAUAUGUUGCUUUCUUAUCUAGGAUUAAAGCUAGAGGGACAUGCAAAGAAAAUGUCAAUUUGAAGUAAAAUUGUCAAAUUUCAUUUUUGCCAACUUGUAGCGAACGACGACCAAUCGAAGCAGCCCUGGGACAUUUUUUUGUUUGAAAGUAGGGAUGCAACAAUAUGAAAUUCAAGGCCAAUAUUGACAUCCGAUAUUAAUAUCGCUGUUCUGGUCGAUAACCAAUAUUUGCCGAUAUCAUUUUUUUUCUCUACUGUUUUGAUGGUCAAAAAACCUGUACAGUACAGCUUCUUUAAAACUGCACCAUGUUGCAUACUUGUUUGUGUUGGAUAAAAAAAUUUUAGACACAAAAUCACAAAUAUUUAUUUUUAUAGUGUUUUUUUUGUUGUUGUUUCUUUUUUUAACUUUUUGAUAUUUUGCAGACUCUAUAUUUUUUCAACAUUUUAUUACUAUUAUUUUUGAGUGAACUCAGAUUUUAUUAUACUGAGAUUUUAGGAUGGGAUAUGGAAAAUUUAUCGGUUGUUAAUAUCUGCCCAUUUUUAUGUAUGGGGCCGAUACUAAUAUGUUAAAAAAAAAAAAAAAAAAAAAAAAAAGACUAAUAUCACCCAAUAUGUGGUGUGUCCCUAUUUCAGAAUGCCAGCAAGUGGAUCCUCUUUCUGCAUAUAGAACGACUUAAUACACUGCUGCUUGAAGGGUUUUCUUCCACUAAUGUUCACCAAACCAAAUCUGGCCCCGUUUACAGUCUUCGUGCUAAGCUAACUAGCUAGCCGCUAUGCUAGGGAUUAGCACAGCAUUUCUCGGGGUAAAAAACAUAU